GGAAUGUGGGGAAGUAGUGAAAAAAAAAGCAGUUGCGGUCAACUUCGUGGCAAAUUUCUCACGAAGAAAGUGUGAAAAAUGAGUGAAAAAUGUUAUUCCCUAAUAUCUUCUUCUGCGUGUUUCCGGGUGGCGAAUUUGUGAUGCAAGGGGCAAGAGGACUAUAUAAGGAGUCUAAAGGUAGUGACCCGACAGUUCCCGGUUUUAUAGUUUAUGAGAAAAUCGACUUCCUUCUUGGGGUCGUUCAACGACCCCACCUUGGCGCUCUAAGGAAGCUCCAAGGUCUUGGCGGCCAGCAGGUUAAGAAAAAUAAUUUCUUUUUUCAGAAAGAUAAGAUUCUAUUAAUGCGGAAAAAAAGAAAAUUAUUUUAAUCUCAUAUUUCUUCAAAUUAAUUAGAUAAGUUGGAAGUUUGAGGAACAUUGAGCUUAAAUUGACUCUGAAAAAAUAUUUAAUGGGUCUUCAUUGUUUUGGUUUGGUGCACAAGAAAAGUGAAGGAAAAAUACCAAAAAUGUUGUGGAUUUCUCGUAUUUUGGUGUGAUAUUGUGGUGAUAAAGAGCAAAAAUGAGUUCCCUAAAAGUGAUUGUAGCUGUUCGGGUGCGUCCCUUCAAUCAGAGGGAACUCGACAUGGGGGCUAACUUGAUUGUCCAUAUGGAUGGGAAGAAGACCCGCUUGGCAAAACCACGAACACCCGGGAGCAAUGGGGCAAUCUGUCGAGAUAGUUUGUCGAAGGAGAAUUUCAAUGAGUUCACAUUUGACUACUCAUACUGGUCCUUUGACGACCAGGACAAGCACUACGUCUCACAGGAAGAAGUAUACGAAGAUUUGGGUACUGAUGUAAUCAACUGCGCUUUUCAAGGCUACAAUGCGUGCGUUUUUGCGUACGGGCAGACGGGAAGUGGAAAGACCUUCACGAUGAUGGGGAAUCCAGACAGUCUGGGUCUCAUACCGCGCAUUUGCAAAUCCCUCUUUGCACGAAUGAAGGUUGGUCAAGAAGCUGGGACGGGGUACAAGACCCACGUGAGCUAUCUUGAGAUCUACAAUGAGCGCGUGAAAGAUCUUCUGGGACCUCAAUCAGCAACACACGGGCUCCGUGUGAGAGAGCACAUGACGACGGGACCGUACGUGGAGAAUCUCUCGCAGCAUCCCGUGAGUGAUUACGAUGAGAUAAAGGAGUGCAUAAAUAAGGGGAAUAUUCUGCGUACUACGGCCAGUACUAAUAUGAAUGAUACAAGUAGCAGAAGUCAUGCAAUCUUCACAAUUACCUUCGUCCAGGCGGGUUUUACCGAUGACAUGCCCAGUGAGACAGUUUCCAAAAUUCAUUUGGUCGAUUUGGCGGGAAGUGAGAGAGCAAAUGCCACGGGAGCCACAGGUCAAAGGCUCAAAGAGGGGGCACACAUUAAUAAAUCUCUCGUGACAUUGGGCAGUGUCAUUUCCGCAUUGGCUGAACAAACACACCCCACAAACAAUAAGCGCAUCCUCUACAUUCCCUACCGAGAUUCCGUCCUCACGUGGCUCCUAAAGGAUUCUCUCGGUGGCAACAGCAAGACCAUCAUGAUUGCUGCAAUUUCCCCAGCAGAUUGCAAUUAUGGUGAAACACUGAGCACCCUUAGGUAUGCCAAUCGUGCUAAAAACAUCAUCAAUAAGCCCACGGUCAAUAUUGAUCCGAAUGUGAAGUUAAUUCGGGAACUUCGUGAGGAGAUUAUGAAAUUGCGAGCCAUGCUUACGGUGGACAAUGUGGAGGAGUUGACGUCAAAGGUGCUGUUGGAUUUGCAGAAAAAGGAGGCUCAGGAGAAAGUUCUCACAGAGGAGUGGACGGAGAAAUGGCGCGAAGCUCAAAUGAUUCUGAGAGAACAAAAAUCCUUAGGACUCCGAAAGUCAGGCUAUGGGGUGAUCCUUGACUCGGAAAUGCCACAUUUAAUUGGUAUUCACGAUGAUAUUAGCACAGGGGUGACCCUGUACAGCCUGAAGGAGGGCGAAACGACCAUUGGUACGGAUGAGAAUGAUAAUCCGCAAGAUAUCGUCCUUUCGGGCGUUGGAAUCCAACCUGAACACUGUAGGAUUGUUUUGUCAGAUGGAAUUGCAACAAUAUGGCCAAAGUUGCCAGCUCAGUGUUGGCUCAAUGCGAAUCUGAUUGAAGAACCCACGAGAAUUUCACAGGGAGACAUCCUUCUACUCGGUCGCACAAAUAUGUUUCGGUACAAUAAUCCCGCAGAAGCGGCUAAGCUGAGGAAGGAUUUGAAUAGAUCUCGUAUGGAUUUGUCACGUUUAUCCCUCAUUGCGGCUUCCCGGGAGAAUCUCAGCGUCAGCUUUGCGAGUGAUGACGAAUUGACGGGUAGUAGACGUGAGAAAGUCUACUACCCCCAAGAGAUGGUUUGCCGGGAAGAUGCUGAAGUUCAGGAGGAGAAUCGAAAGAUUUUGGAUACAAUUGGUAAUGCGCUGAAGCAAUUAAAUGCCGAACGGACGCAAAUGCAUCAUCAGCAUAGGAUGAAAGUGGCAAAACUAUCCCGCGAACUCAAUGAAUUGAUUCAGCAGAAGAGGGACCAAGAAGCAAUUUUUCAACUUCGCGAGCAAGAAUUGAAUGCACGCAGAGAGAUGCUUCUGUGGGAGAAGAGUAAUGAGGAGAUUCAGAUGGAAAUAAUAAUCAGGCAAAAGUGCGCCUUGCAGACGCAGCUCGAUUCGAAAAAGCGAGACUUUUUUGAGUAUGUAGCUAGAGAACUGCAAGAGUUAUCUGAUUGUGGUAAAUUAGACGAGCAUGACAUUAAGAUUUUAGAGGAAAAUCCUCGUCCGGAGGAUACGAGUAAUCUUCUUUUAUCUGUGACUGAGAAUUUAGACAAUUCCGCCGCACAAUUCCUCAAAGAAACUCUCAAGAGGAAUAAAGACGAAAUUGAUAGAAUGGAAAAAGCUUUAAUGGAUAAAGACCAAAUUCUAUGUGAAAGUGAUACAAAGAUGAAGAUAUUGGAUGGAAAGAUGACUGAUUUAGAUGCUGAAAAUCAAGCACUCUUACUUGAAAGAUCUCAUAUUGAUAUUGAAGCUCUCAACUUGAAGAAGCAGAGCAUGUCGCUCAACUUGAAGAAGACCAGCGAUGCUGAUGCCCAGACUGAUAUGGUCAAUGAACUUAAAACACUGGACACAUCAGAGACAUACCACACAGCCACGUCAAAUUGUUCCAUUCCCUCGCAGUUAGUCUUCACGCCAGAAGCUAAACAGUGCGAGCCCAUUCCACGGCAUGGAAUUAUGUGUGAUAGUGGUGUGAGUGUGGAUACAAAUAGGACGCAAGAGAAGUCCCCAAAGGAUCCCGCAGAGCAGUGUGAUGAGGAUCGUCUAUCGUGUGUUUCAUGUGCAAAUUCCAAUGGAUCCGACUCGGGGGCUCAGCUGCAAAAGCUACGGGAACAGAUAGCAUCACAGAAGGCACACAUAAUGAAGACCCUUGAGACAGAUUGUAGCGAUAAAGCCGAGUUGGAUGAUCUCAUUUUCCAAUUGCAGGAGCUACAGAAGCAAAAGCAAAUCCUCAAAACGGAAAUUGAUUCCAUCCAUCAGCCCGACGAGCAUCCGGAUAUUCCUGAGAGUCUCAAUGGGAGUGAUGAUUGUGCAAAUUCAUCCACUAUUGCCCCCCUGGGGCACUACGAGAAUUCCAUUUAUGGCACCACAAACUCCAUUGGCCAGCCGUCCAUUGAGACUACUCACCAGCAGCAACGGCAAGAUGCAGAAAAUUACGUUAGUAUACCGAGCUUCAUUAUGAGAGGUGCCGGCAAACAGACUCACUACGAAUAUGAAGUGAAAGUUUGCCUCCCAGAUGGACGGUGGACCCUUCUGCGGCGAUACAGUCGCUUCCGGGAGCUGCACAAUAGCAUGAAGAAUCUCUAUGGGGAGAAAAUAAAGGACAUCCCCUUUCCGCGACGUGAGAUUUUUGGUUCUAAAAGUGAAAAUGUGGCCAAAUCACGAAGAAGGUACCUCGAGGCGUACUUGCGACGUCUUCUCGUUGUCUGUGCAAAGAUACCUCAGUGCCCGAUCUACGAGGGCCCCGGGGGGUGUGGUGUUACCAAGCAGAGUCUCGUGGAGUUCUCUGGCUUCUUCAAAAAGGGACUCUUUGAGUCCGGAAAACACGGCACAGGCUAGAAAACAAAGCUUCCCAAAGCAUUUCAUUUUUUUAAUCCCCGCAUUUCAUUUUUUUCCUAUUUUUUACGUUUUUUAUCCUAUAUUUUUUGUUCACAUGUUCAUCACAUUUUCAAGUAUUAUUUUUUAUGCGAAUUUAUUUUUUAUUAAGAACCUGCAAUCCUUGCAAUAUAAUUUUAUUUUAUCUUCCUUUUAUGAAUGAGUUUUUUUUAAAUGUACAUCAACUGUGAUUGCCCUACGAGAAUUACCUAUAACUGUUAAAUAUAAAAUUAAAAAUUUUAAAAAUUCUAUCCUUCAAACUAUAAUAAAUAAAAAAUAUUCUAUUAUUUAAGACAAAUAAAAUAUUUAGUAAAUUACAUAAAUUAGCACACUUUUAACAUAAAGAAAUAAAUCAAUAGGGGGAAAAUGUUUUCUCGAAACUCCUUAAAAAAUUAAUUUUAAUAACCGGAUUUCACUUAAUUUCUAAAGAAGGUUUUUUUGAUCACUUAAAAUUUAGAAUCUGCUGCUUAAAACAAAUUCCCUUUCCUGCAUUUUCCCCAAUUUUCAAUUAAUUAUUGCACCAUAAUAAAAUAUAAAAAAAGAGAACAAAGAGAAAGAAAAUGGAAAAAGUGCCUAAAAUUGUUGUGUAAAAAAAAUCUUGAAUUAAAAAAAGAAAAUUUAUUCGUAAAUUUGUAGAUAGAAAAAUCGUUUGACAAUAAAAAUCAGUGUGUGACCUCAAA